AUGGAGCGCGUCACGCUCCAUCACAUCGACCGCCAGGCCAACGCUCAUGCCGACCGCCUCGCCAACGCAGCCCUCGACCGCCGACGCACCAAGCUGGAGUGCGGUGCUCACGUUGACGGUACCAGCUGCACCCGCACCACCAUGGACGUACCGACACCGGCAGCACCCGCGAUGCCGAUGGCCCACCUCCGCCCCGGACACCGACUGAUCCAGACGACCCAGUCGACGGCCCUGCUGACAUCGACGACGGUGAGGUGUACGCAGCGAUACGAGUAG